AUGGUAUUUCCAGCUCUACUACUCCACACUGGGGAUCGGCCUGACCUCCCCGCGCGGGUCAGCAUUCACGACGAGUCUCACCAUGGCACCAAACAGCCAUUUCAGACCGCGGACCACACUCAGAGGGCACUCCAUUCACAACAGACGUGGGAUUCUGCUGAAGCAGAUGGCCUGCUGAAUCAAGGUGUCCGCAGCAAGAGUCGAACCCUACCAUAUCCUUAUCACCCUGAUCAUUACAGCGAUAAUCUGGCUGGCGACCGACCAUGCCUAUCAGGUAGAUCGAACAGCCUGAACUCACUGUCCACACUGCAACGUGAAACAGAAGCAGAAGCAGCAGCAGCACCCCCCAGCCUGUAUAAAGGCUCCCCAAUCUCUGCAAUCAGCCCCCCAUGCUUAGUCCCAACGAGGUUUACCCCGAUCAAGCAGGAGCAGCACCACUCAUGCCCUUCUCGAUCACAGUCAAGGGUGGAGAUUCUCAACGAGCAACGGAGAUACCAGAAGUCUUUGAGAAAGACUCUGAAAAGGGAGCAGAAAGCACAGCAAAAGGCACAGAAAGAGGACGAGCGAUUGCGGCGAGCCUUCUUGGCCGCCGAAGUGGCUGCCUCGAGGAGGAAGAAUGCUACUCGUCCAGGAGACAGUUUAUCUUCACGGAGCAAGAGUAUCAGACCAAUUGCAUCUCAACUAGUGAAUGGUCUGGUGGAUUGCUUGACUUCAAAACAGCCUCUCGGCAGACCUAGCCGUCGGGUGAGGCAAGCAGAGAAUGUUCCGCCCACUUUGGACGAUUUUGACAGCAAGCAAGAGAUCCAUGACUAUUUCCAUCCGCCUUCUGCUACGUCGGAAAUGGACAUUGCUGAGCUUCCUGCCGAUCUCCCCCAGUACACACCCUUUCAGGACUCAACUCGAACUCAGGAUAAUGAGCCUACCACUCUUCUGAAAGACGUUGACCCGGCUAAGGAGAAGGAGCGCGGAUCGCCCACAACCCAACACGAGGACAGACAGGACAACCCCGGAACUGCUCCAAAGUCCAUGAGAUGCGACUCCUGCCAGAAUCCGAUAUGUCUCAAUGAAAUAUACUAUCACUGCUCGAUAUGUGAGAGCGGCGAUCGCAUCUUAUGCUCUAAUUGUGACCGGGCCGGACGGAGCUGUCGCCAUGCCAUCACCGAAAAGGUGCGCAGUGUGUCUCGCGCAGUCUCGUCAGAACAGACGAUGGACAGAGAGUCAAGUCGCCCAGAUACCCAGCAAUGUGCGGUAGCCCCGGAGGGCAUUUCCAUGAUGGACUCCCUCGGGGAGACAGAAGCAUGUAUAGAAAGCUUGCUUCAGCCAUCCUUGCUGACAGUCAACUCUCAUGUCUGCUCAGAUGUUCUGGACCGGAAAAAGUCGAGACAUGCAUGCCAUGAAACUAAAAGCGAUGCUAUUAUCAAGCCCGACCAAGUCAAAGAGACUGAGCUUCGACGGCGUGAACGAGACUUGGUGGACCGAGAAAAGGAGAUCGCACUCCGGGAAAGGGACGUCGCCAUACGAGAACGACAAGCCUCUUUGGAGGUGCGGGAAUCUGCUUCGGCCAUCCAACAGCAACUGUUUGCUUUUCAGUUGCAGUCAGCGAUGUUGAGACGAACGGAGGAGGCGUCGAUGGAGAUUGGUUCACAGUUUCAAGGGUUAUCCAUUAACGAAAGCAACCAUCUCAGAAACCACGGCACUAAGCGCAAAGCAGGUGGCGGCCGAAAUGCGGGAUUUCCAACUGGCACCAGUGUCUCACAUCAGCAAAGCCCGCCGAAGCGUUCUCCUAGUGGCUGUCGAGAUUCGAGCGAGGAAGACGAUGAGGAAGAUACAGGCACACCCAAGAAGAUCAGACAGACCCUGGAGUCUCGCCGUACCGCGGGACACUUGUUCGCGUGCCCGUUUUCCAAGUUCGACAGGGCCAGAUACUCUACACAAAACGAGGACGAAAAGAAUUACCGUCGUUGCUCAAGUGGCUACUGGCCAGACAUAUCUCGCCUCAAGCAGCAUCUUUAUCGUGUCCAUUGGCGCGGCAUUCACUGUCCUGACUGUUACGCCGAGUUCAAGGACACAGAUCAGUUGCAGGCGCAUAUGCGCGCUGAGUCCCCCUGUGCUAAGAUAGAUUGUCCAUAUCCAGAAAAGUUUGAUGAAGCACAAGAAAGUGGGAUCCGACAGAAGCGGCCAGGAAAGACAGCGGAGCAGGUCUGGUAUAUCAUCUACGGGAUUCUGUUUCCUGGCCACCCGCUGCCAGACAGCCCUUAUCCCAACAAUGUCGACACUACACCUCUGUCAGCGGUCAGCAGCGCUGCAGCCGAGAAUCAAGAUCCCAUGCAUAUGCUGGCAGAGGUCUUCGAGUCUCGGUUAGAUCAGCACGUUGAAGCUUCAGAGCAAGCCUGGGUCCGGUCGCCCCAGGCCCGCGAAUUCAUCCGGCAACAAUUGAGAGAAUCUGUGGCAGACGUGCUGGAGAGGCUGGACCUUGCCAGCAACCUUUCUGUUCAGCCCACGCCAUGUUCUGCUCUUGCACCGCACUCCACUCGCGGAAGCUCAAUCUCCCUGACGCCAACCUCAUCGGUCACUGCCUCACCAACGAACGGCCCUGCCCCAAGAGAAAGCCGAGCGGACAUACAGCUCCUACCACCGGGUCCUUGCCAGAGCUUCAGUCGGCCAAUUUCGGCCGGAACGAGACACGGUGGUCUUGUGUCGGAGUCGGUUGCGGCGGUUCAGAAGGUUCAACCGCUACCUAAUCAAAUGUCUGCGAAGGCGGAAGCCAGUACAACCGACAUUGCCCACCAUGCCGCUGCGAACAUGGAUCCUGAGAAUGAUCACUAUGAUGACCAAUGCAACAACUGGAGCCACUGGGACGAACUUGGCCUUGCACUGUCCACCGACUUCAAUUUUGAUUUUGGUCCAAGCCCACCUUUAGUGCCGGAUGAAGUGAGGCCGCUGCAGACUUCAUCGAUGCAAUCUUGGGCCCCGGCACAGGGGUAUGUCCCAGUCAAACUUUCCAGUGUCAUCGACGUGCCAGAUGCACCGGCCGCAACCACCGCGUCCCCCUUGAAGCCAAACCACUCCACAACUUCGUCAAUCGACUCUGGAUAUGGCAGCAUGGGGUUGGCUUCCGCCACCUCACUUGGUGGUGAACCCUCUGCCGCAACCAAGCCCAAGAAGACGAGGCCGAGAAGAGAGAAGAUGAAGGGAACGGAGGUACAAGCAUACAAGGAGGCGAGCCCUGUGCUGGAGGCAGAUGUCAACUAUGAUGCUUUGGGUGUCCCUUUCGACGAGUUUUUGGAUGGUAUGGGUAUGGAUGAAUUUGGAAAUGUCGCUGGCGAGACACUCACGGCGUAUCUGGACACCCAGUAUACAGCCGCGAGCGAUUAUGUACUACCCGUUUGA